AUGGCGCCGAGUAGCUCCCACUGUGUCCAACUCGAAACUCCCACCUCCAGCAACAAUAGCACGGCUGUCAAAACACCCGUUCCGCGUGCCAAUAGCGAGAUUGCCAACUUGACCGACUGGUACGCAUCGCAAAGCAAGUAUAACACAUGCUAUAGCGUAAUCACCGGUCGCCACCUUUCAUUCGACGAGUUUUACGCAAUGAAUCCAUCUGUGAAAAGCGACUGCUGCAGGUUGUCUAUUGGCAUAUAUUACUGUAUUUCAACCUACGAAGGAGGCUUUCCCCUUGGCUUCCUAGGCUGGGUAUCAAGCUCCAGCAAGCCCGUUAGCAGCAUUCCACUGACGGCCUCAACUUCGACUGGAAAUGGGGUCUCGACGCCAUCACUAAUCCAGACCGGAACGGUGUCAACCCGUAAUCAGUUCUACAAGGUUAUUGCCGGCGAUGGAUGUCAUGAUAUUGCCAAAGACCAUAUGAUCUUAUUGGCGUCGUUCUACGCCUCGAAUCUAGUAGUAAAAACCGAUUGCUCUGGACUACAAGCCGUUGAGUACGUUUGUAUGGGUGUUAAGUCGACUUCCACUUCGGUUGUUGUAACUGCCACUACCUCUGUAUCUGGUGUCACGACUCGGUCUUCGAUCCAGAGAGGCAUGGUUUCCACGUGUGACACCUUUUACGACGUUCGUUCCGGUGAUUCUUGCUAUGAUAUUGCUGACGCCCACGGUGUUUCGCUGGAUUAUUUCUAUGCUUGGAACCUAGUGGUCAAGACAGACUGCUCGGGGCUUCAGCCAGAUGAGUAUGUCUGUGUUGGUGUCAAGGCAGCCACUGAAACCGGUGUCACGACGCUGUACCCGGUUCAGACGGGAAUGGUUGAUACGUGUGACGAGUUUACAAAUUCAUCGUAG